AACUCGUCACGCUCCCUCCCCUCGUGGUUCAAGCUGCUUUUAUCUGGCGGAUCGGCGGGUUUUCAUGGCUCAGGUUGGAGCAGAACCCGCUGGUUCCGAUCCACUUCCAUUCUCGCUGAUUUGAAAGAGCGUUUGGGUCGCGCUGAUUAGUUUGAGUGAAAUCUGGGACUCUUGGAGUCUUCCUAUUGGACGAAGGAGCUCCCCCAGCCCCGCGUCCGAGCGCUUAUGCAAAUCCGCCCCCGAAUAUGGACAUGGAGGAAUGAAGUAUGGUGGAGGAGGCGAACAUGGAGGACCGAGGAGCGUGAGCGCGCCGCUGCUGUUGUGCGGGCGUGGAGGAGCGCUUAGAAAGUGGAUGUAGCUCCGCUGGGACGUUUUCUACGGCGGCGCCUGCUUGGAAAGUUCGUUUUUUUGGGUUUGCGCGCGCCACUGCCUCGAGGUAAUGCAGUGAAAAAGGCCACUUUUUCCGGGGGGGAUCAGACGCAGGGCAGGGGGCUCCAGCCCGCUCACCGUCCCGACGCUAUGCCGUGGGUCAGCGGCGGGAAGCGCAGAGAGAGCUCGGAGCUGCCGCUGCCCGCGGGCUGGGAGGAAGCCCGGGACUACGACGGAAGAGUGUUUUAUAUCGACCACAACACCCGGCAGACGUCGUGGAUUGACCCCAGAGACAGAAUCACCAAACCGCUGACGUUCGCCGACUGUGUUGGCGAUGAACUGCCUCUGGGAUGGGAGGAGGUUUAUGACCAGCAGGUGGGCGUGUACUACAUCGACCACAUCAACAAGACGACCCAGAUCGAAAACCCGCGGACUCAAUGGCGGCAGGAGCAGGAGCGCAUGCUGAAGGAGUACCUGGUGGUGGCCCAAGAGGCCCUCAAAGCCAAGAAGGAGAUGUACUUGGUGAAGCAGCAGCGCCUGGAGCUGGCCAAGCAGGAAAUGCUGCUCUUCAGUGAGCUCUCCGAGGACAACCACUCAGUCAGCAGCACUCUGUCCGGCUCAUCCUCCAACUCGAAAUACGACCCUGGCCAAAUCAAAGCAGAGAUCGCCUGCAGACGCGAGCGGCUCUUCAGACUGAAGCAGGAGCUGGCCCAGGUGAAGCAGGAGCUGCAGUAUAAGGAAAUGGGAGUAGAGACCCUGCAGGAGAUUGACAGGAAGAUGUCCAGCAGUCAGACCAACUACAAGCUGGACGAGGCUCAGGCCAUCUUCACUGAGCUGCGCAGCAUCAAGAAGGCCAUCAGCAGCGGCGAGAAGGAGAGGCAGGACCUCAUCCAGAGCCUGGCUAAGCUGACCAUGAACUUCCAGAACAACUUCCUGUCCAUCAGCGACUCUGCUGGCGAGGCGGCCAGCGGCUCUGGAGCGGCGGGCAAGCCCUGCAGCCUGCAGCAGUUCUGCGAGACGGGCUGUCAGACCGACAUCGUGGGGGAGUGCGGCUCCCAAGAUUCCUCCCAUCUGGUGGACAAAGUCAAACUGAACUGGCAGUAUGAUGAAGCCAAGAAAAAGGUGCAGAGCAUUCAGCACCAACUAGCACAGCUGGACAGUGAGAGCUGGUCAGGACGAGCUGAGGCGGACCGAGAUCGGGACUUCCUGCAGCUCGUGCGCGAGAAGGAGGCGCUCCUGCAGGAGCUCAUCCUGGUGAGCAAACAGCAGCACGCGCCGGAGACGCUGCAGCAGCUGGAGGAGGAGCGCUGCAGGCUGGAGGAGGAGCUGCAGAGGGCGCACAGCUCCCAGAGCCAGGGGGCCAGUCAGAGGAUCCUGCAGCAGGAGAAGAGGAACGCUCUGCUCAGGCAGCUGGAGGAGGCCACGCGCAUCACCACUUACCUUCAUUCCCAGCUGAAAAGGUGCAGCCACACUCGCCAUCCAAGCCUGUCUGCCAGCUCCCUGACCGUGUCCUCCAGCAGCAGCCGGGGCUCCCUGGCCUCCAGCCGCGGCUCCCUCACCUCCAGCCGCGGCUCCCUCAGCUCCAUCAGUUUCACUGACAUCUACGGCAUCCCCCAGUACGAACGCCACGAGGGCCCCCCGGAGCCGCUGGAUUCCCACCUCCGUUACCUCCUCCCCCCAGAAGCCGUGUCCAGAGACUGCUGCCUGUUCACCCCGGACCCUCUGAACCAGAGUAAAGCCAAACGCUCCCACGAUGCCCCGCAGUCCUUGGCCUCCUUGUCCUCCCGGUCCUCGCUGUCGUCCCUGUCGCCGCCCAGCUCCCCCAUGGACACUCCGUACCACUCGGCCCCCCAGGACUGCCCCCUGACCCAGAUGACAGAGGAGUACAUGGAGCAGGCGGGCCGCGGCCUGCUGGAAGGGCUGCGGGGGCAGAGCCUGUUGGACGCGCUGAGCCCCCCCUCCGCGCACCAGCUGGAGAAGAUCCACAGAGACGGCGCCGCUCAGACGGCGUUCACCUCCACAGGAGUGACUCUGAGGGGAAACAGCGGCAACAGGAGCAGCAGGAGAGCCAGAAGAGUCUCCGCGGGGGUGUCUGAGGACGCGCUGGCCACAGACAGCGGCGUGUUCGAGGCCUGGGGCAGAAGGGCAGAGGAGCUGGACGAGCUGACCUACAUGAAAGAGCUGUCGUCCAUGAGUGAGCCCCCUCACAUCCAGCUGGGACUGCUGUGGGAGUCCGGCUCUCAGUCUCUGUGCCUCCACCUGCUGCAGCUCAAGAACCUGAACUGCACUCUUGUGAAAGAAGGAUAUAAAGUGUUUAUGAAGGUGCACCUGAUUCCGCCGGACGCCAGCAGGCCCUGUGCGUUCCACUGCUGUACAGCGUUGGAGCCGCAGCACCAGAUGAGCUUCAAUGAAGUUUUCCGCAUACCCGUGCCCUCCAACGCGCUGCCGGCGUGCACUCUGCAGCUGUCCGUCUGCACGCUGGGGCCUCAGACUCAGGAGGAGCUGCUGGGUGCAGCACAGCUGAGCCUGGUGGACUGCGAGGCCAGCGCAGAGAUGGGGUACCAGUGGCUGCGGGUCCAGAUGUUGGGCGGGGCAGAGGCGCAGAGGCCGGAACAGAAGAGCACGGCCCCCCAGAGGCAGCACGAAGGCCAGGAUGACGAGCAGAGGCCCAGAGCGGCGGACACCGUCUGCAGCCUGCUGUCACGCACCAGCACCACCCACCUGCAGGAGCGGGACGCAGAUCCACAGAGGCUGGAGAAGAAGGAUGAGCGCGGGGGGGAGGCUACAUCUGAGAGGAGCUGGCAGGCCGAGUCGGUGGACAGCGGCUGCAGCAACAGCACGACCUUCACGCUGCCCUGCUCAGAGAGGCUGUGUGCUGAAGGCCUCUGCAUCACCACAGGGGGGCGCUGUGAGCGGGUGGCAGGGAAACCCUCAGCAGUGAAGGUGGAGAAGGCCACCAUGACCGAGGGGGGGUUCCCAGAGCCGGUGCGAGUCCGGCCGAAAGAGCGGGGGGGCCGAUGGUGCCACGCCUCUCCUUUCAUGCGUGGCAGCACCAUAGUGCGAUCGCAGACCUUCUCGCCUGGCGCUCGGAAUCAGUAUGUCUGCAGGUUGUACCGCAGCGACAGCGAUAGCUCGACUUUACCAAAGAAAUCCCCGUUUGUCAGGAACACGCUGGAAAGGAGAACGCUGCGCUUUAAGCAGGAGCCAUAUCGUUCCUCCUUGGCCGAGCAGCCGACGCGGACCUCCCUGGACCUGGAGCUGGAUCUUCAGGCCUGUAGGACCCGUCAGAGGCAGCUGAUGGAGGAACUGAGCACGCUCAGAGAAUUGAAGGUGCGCCUGGAGGAGCCGCAGUCCAGCGAGACCUCUGAGCUUCCCCACUGGGCCCUGAGGGAUGAUCGCUUCCGCUGCCUGCUCCGAGAGGCCCAGAGACAGGUGAGCCAGAGCAAGCAGGAACAGCGGCAGGAGGAAGCAGCCGAGAGGAGGCUGAGGAAGGCAUCUAAAGAGGUUCUGCAGAUGAGGGGGCAGAGCCAGAAGGAGCCCCUACCGGUGCAAACCUUCAGAGAGAAGAUCGCGUUCUUUACGAGACCUCGGUUCAACAUACCUUCUCUGCCAGCCGACGACGUAUGAGGACACCGCCCCACCCUCCCCCAAUGUGACUCAACAUGAAGUAUUUAAGAUUUCUGAGCUUGUGAAGUACAAAGUUUCUUCUACCAGAGACCCCCCCGACCCAGCUGAUGGUGACACACUAUUCGGCGUGAAGAGACAUGGUCACUGACAACAGCUCUAACUUUCUGAUGGGGAGGGGCCAGACGACCACUUUCAAGCUCGGCCUCUUUGCUCCUCCCACUUUCCCGUUUUGUUCAUGCAAAAGGCCGGAAGAUGGGAACAAAAAGUCUGUUUUGGACAAGUGUCACUGUACUGUAACUUAUUUUAUAGUACUUUUUCCUUGAAGGAAAUAAAACCGCUCCCUGCUUUUUAAAUGUAUUUUGUAGCUUUGAACAAAUAGCACUUCAGUGUUUUUACAUUCAGUCAAAUGGAAUUAUUGUUUCUGUUACUUAAACCUCCAGAGUUAUUUACAUCCAGUGUAAUCCACUUUGAGCUACAGAUGUCUUUAUGUUGUUCCUAUGAUAUUAAAAUUAAUAUUAUUUCCUGUACUUUUCAAAAUAUGGUUAAAUUGAUGUAUUCUGACUUUUUAAUGUCUGUAUGAACAUUGCAGUGUUACAUCCUGUCAAGAUAAAUCCAUUACUCUGCA